AUGGAAAGUCAAGAGUCUGUGGUAUCUGUAACUGUACCUUCAAGUGUGCAAGAAUUGUACGCUUCAAAAUGCACCAAGUGUAAUCGACCCUUUGUGGGUGCAAGUGCUAAUCAACUUGAGAAUGAAGUACUCGAAAUUGUUCACUCGUCGACGGAAUUCCGCGUCGGAAGGCUGGAGGUAAAUCAUUUGCGCAUUAUUAAACCGAUUUUUAACCGCGAUUUCCCGAUCGGCAGAUUAGUGUUCGAGGAACUGAAGGAAUCCGGCGCUCCCGAGUACAUUUCCAUCGCUAAGAUCAAGAAGAAAUGGAUGAACUUGAUGACUAGAUAUAGGCAAAUAAAAAACACCACUUUGAAUCCCGAAACGAUAACGUGGCCUUAUUUCGAGCAAAUGGACAGGGCUUUCGGUAAAGAAACCGAGUCGGAUUUAAACGGGAAAUUCGUCGAUUCUUCGUUGAAUCAAUCGAUUAUCAACGAAGAGCGUCAAUCCUUCAUGAAGAAGCUUAUAGAAUUGCGAUAUAGACAUAGGCAUUUAUUCACCGGAAGAAAAUACACAGCGAGAGACGGUUGGAUGAUAAUCCAGUCCCUCCUGCAAUGCCAGGGCAAGUAUUCGAUAGACCAAUUGAGCAAAUGCUGGCAGAAUUUAGUGCAACGUUACAAGCAAUUGGCCAGGGGCGAGUCCUCGCAGAACAUAACGUGGCCCUAUUUCGAGUACAUGCACAAGUGGUUCCAAGACAACAAACUGCAAGACGCUAAACUGGAAAUGGACGUCGGAGAAAUCAUAGAAAGCGAGAAUAAAGACGACGAAAAAGACGAGGCGGACGUCGGGGAAACCCGCAACGGCUCGAUGGAAUUCCAAACUAAACACAACCUCUCUUUAGACCGAAUCAAAAUUCAAUUACUGACCGAAAUUAAAGCGCAACAAGAGAAAUACCAUUCGGUCGUUAUGGAAUCCCUAAAGAACGUCACUAGUCAAAUAAGCAGCUUAAAACACAAUUUGUCGAGUAUACCCGUAGAUGAUAAGGAUGUAGAAUAACGCAUUAAACGAAACAAACGUAUAUUUACCCGGUCUAAAUGAUUCACAAAUUCACAACAUUCAUAAAAACUUUAAUUAAAUUUAACUAGAAUGGAACGUGAAUUGAAAUACUAAAUUUCUAAUGCUGCUAGAGACUGUUUUAUAUCCUCGAUGGCGCUUUUUUCGGAAUACUUCUGUUUGAUUUCCUUGAGCACCCACUCGAGGAUUUUCUGAGCCGAAUCCUUUUUCUUGCCGGACACCAGCUUCUGAGUAUUCAACAUUGCAGAUGUCGUCUAAACAAAUAAAUAGUUUCGUUUAUACGUUCAUACUUAACAGGGUAUUAUCCAAUUUACCAAGUAUAUUCCAUACAAGGCCCUCAUAUUUCUGGGAUUCAGUUUGAGUGAUUGGUAGUAGUAAGUUCUGGCUAUUUCUAUGUUUUCUAAUCCACCUUGACUGUACUUUAUAUCGGCGUAUCUUUGGUGCAGUAAAUGAUUAUGGGGAUUGUGCAGGAUUAAUUCCUCGACACAAAAGGCGGCUUUGCCAUAAUCGAAUUCGCUAAUAUACAAUUCGCUGAGCUCUUGCCAUGCCUCUAUAUCCGCCAUGUAACUAAAACAUAUACGAAUAUAAAUACUUAUUUACAAGUGAUUUUUAUCGAUUAUUACACUUUCAAGUAGUCCGUCAGCUCUUUGAUUGCAUCGGAGUUCUUGACGAAAGCUUUGCAAAUGGCGAUUUUCCUUUUUCGAGCGGAACUGUUGGUGGGGUCUUGCUUAAUGACAUUGUUUAGUAUGAUGAGUGCAUUGGAAUGGUUGUCGUUGGCUUCGUUUAACAUAGAUUCCAAUAUCUGAACCCUGCAACUGUUCGGGAAUUCGACGUAGAGCUCUUUUAUGCAGGAUUCCGCGAUAUUUAAGUUAAAUGUAUCCAGUGCAGCUAUACAAACUUGUUCUAAAAUUACGUG